AUGAAGGCUGCCUUGCCUGAGAAUGCUAUAAUCGCAAAGGGAGCGAAAGAGUGUAUGCAGGAGUGUGUGAGUGAGUUUAUAUCAUUCAUUACCAGCGAAGCUUCAGAGAAGUGCCAGGGAGAGAAGCGCAAGACUGUUAACGGAGAAGACAUCCUAUUUGCCAUGACCUCGCUAGGAUUUGAAAACUAUGCAGAGGCUCUGAAACUCUAUCUUGUGAAAUAUCGGGAAACCAAAGUAGUACCUAACCACCUCAUAGCUUCACAACCCCACCACCCAGGAGCUGCCAACACUGUGAAUGCAAAACUUGAUCCGAACGAGCAGGAUGGCGCGGCAUACGGAGAAGGAUAUAUUAUCCUAGGACGGCAACUCAAGACGGUAGUAUAUAAGAAAACGGAGCCAGAAGUUCUCGAGCUGCAGUAG